CCGGUAGCUGGUGUCUACGAAUGUAAAUACGAGCACACUUUUGAGAUUCUGUCGAUUGAUCCUCUGAUCCUAUAUAUCAACAACUUUCUGAAAGAGGACGAGGUGCAACACCUACUCGACUUGAAGGACGCGUAUUUUGAGCCCUCCUAGGUCUACAAUGAAAAGACAUUCGAAUCUGGAAUCGACACGCGUUUCCGCACUUCCCAAUCCGCCAUAGUCGAACGUGACGACGUAGUCAGCAUCUGUUUGUCGCAACGACUGAAGUCACUCCUGGGAAAUGUACAGCAUAUCGAAACCGAGCCGAUUCAAAUACUAAAAUAUGCACCUAGCGAAAGGUUUAAUAUUCAUAUGGACUGGUUCGGCGAGCCCCGCAACUACACAUUCGCCCCAAAUGUGACCUACAGACCAUGGAAUCGCCUAGUCAGCAUAUUCGCCUAUCUUGAUGACUCUUGUACUGGGGGUGAGACAUACUUUCCUGAUGUACAAGGUAUCUCCGCCGUCGCGGAUGGCGACAAGUUCUCCAGGACGGAUACAGGCACCGGCUUGUUAGUUAGGCCAAAGCGAAGGAAUGCAGUCCUUUGGAACAAUCUGUUAAAUAAUGGGAGUGGUGAUUCACGGGUAGCUCAUGUCGGUUUGCCAGUCCAUAGUGGUAGAAAAGUGGGCAUCAAUUUGUUCAGCCAUUACUCCUUAGAUGCACCAAUGUUGGGAGGGGAUGAGGAAGCAGAAGCUAACGGGAGUGUGUAACGCGUAAUUGACUUCUUUACAC